ACCUCUUUGUAGUGGUUUCUACCUUGGAUGCAUGUUAGAAUCACUGGGGAGGUGGCCAGAGGCAACCAAGAUGACAACUCUACCCAGGAACCGAUCCACCCGCUGAAAAACAUGAUUGGCAAGUCCCGCUGGAAGCUCCUGGCCAUGCUGGCUCUGGUCCUGGUUGUCAUGGUGUGGUAUUCCAUCUCCAGAGAAGACAGGUACAUUGAGCUUUUUUAUUUUCCCAUCCCAGAGAAGAGGGAGCCGUGCCUCCAGGGCGAGGUGGAGAGGAAGGCCUCUAAGAUCUUUGGCAACUGCUCCCGAAAUCAGCCCAUUUUCCUGCAGCUUAAGGAUUUUUUCUGGGUCAAGACACCCUCUGCUUAUGAGCUGCCCUACGGGAUCAAGGGGAGUGAAGACCUGCUCCUCCGGGUUCUAGCCAUCACCAGUUACACCAUGCCAGAGAGCAUCCAGAGCCUGAAGUGCCGCCGCUGUGUUGUGGUGGGGAAUGGGCACCGGCUGCGGAACAGCUCACUGGGAGAAACCAUCAACAAGUAUGAUGUUGUCAUCAGGUUGAACAACGCUCCAGUGGCUGGCUAUGAGGGGGAUGUGGGCUCCAAAACCACCAUGCGUCUCUUCUACCCUGAGUCUGCCCACUUUGACCCCAAAGUGGAGAAUAACCCAGACACACUCCUGGUUCUGGUAGCAUUCAAGGCAAUGGACUUCCACUGGAUUGAGACCAUUCUGAGUGACAAGAAGCGGGUGAGAAAGGGUUUCUGGAAACAGCCUCCCCUCAUCUGGGAUGUCAACCCAAAACAGAUUCGGAUUCUCAACCCAUUCUUUAUGGAGAUUGCAGCUGAUAGACUACUGAGCCUGCCGAUGCAGCAGCCACGCAAGAUUAAGCAGAAGCCCACCACAGGCCUGUUGGCCAUCACCCUGGCCCUCCACUUCUGUGACUUGGUGCACAUUGCUGGCUUUGGCUACCCAGACAUCUACAACAAGAAGCAGAGUAUUCACUACUACGAGCAGGUCACACUCAAGUCCAUGGCGGGGUCAGGCCACAACGUGUCCCAGGAAGCACUGGCCAUCAAGCGGAUGCUAGAAACUGGAGUUGUCAAGAACCUCACUUACUUCUGA